AUGUCUGAGCAUUGGGAUGGGAGAUUUCCUGUAAAAAUUUCUGAAUCUUAUGAUAUGUUUAUGCUCUCUUUCGGAUGUGAGGGGGAUAAAAUCCGAGUCCUGAAUCGUGAACCUUUCCACUUCCAAAACCACCGCAUUGUUCUGCAUACACCUGAAAUUGGAAAAAAUUUUACUUCUGAAGAUCUUAAAUUUACACCUUUUUGGGUACAAGUCUUCCGCCUUCCUUUUUUGAGUAAAACUAAAUCUUUGGCUUUUGCUCUUGGAAAUAUUGUUGGCGAGUACAUUGAUGUUUUUGAAGAUUCCCUGAAUGAAGGUUGGGGGCCGUUUCUGCGUAUCCGAGUUAAAAUUGAUGUCACCAAACCUCUAAAGAGAGGACGAAUGAUCUCUCUUACUCAUGUCAAAGAUAAGUUCUGGGUUGAAUUUCGAUACGAGCGGUUGCCGGAAUAUUGUAUGGAAUGUGGGAGAAUCGGUCACCCAUAUAACAAAUGCCAGAUAUAUCUUGAGCAAUUGGAUAAUGGAGAAGAACCUGCACUAGAGUAUCAGCCGUACAUCAAAGGAUCUCCUCUGCCAACUUCAAGUUGCGAUCGAUACAGAACGGAUUUUUCCAAAGGGGAUGCAUGGCCACUUUUGACUCGGCUUGCCAAGAAAAGUCUCACUGCUGCAAUUCCUAAUCUUUAG